AUGAGAGGGACCUCCGUGUUCCAGUUCAAGGGGUGGCCCAAGAUCCACCAGCCACUGCCUCGCACGCCGCGCGAGUCCCAACAGCUGCUCAACGCCCUCACAUCCUCAUUUCGUCGUCAACUCGAUCGGGCAUACCCAGCGUCGGAUUCCACGCGCGACGAUCAAACCCCUCCGAAUAAUGCCGAGUCAUCGGCCCACGCGACCAGCCAGCAUCUUCGAAAUAUCCUCGAAAACCCCCUCUUUCGAAUUGUGCCGUCGCAGCCCACAGGGAUCCGCGAGACCCAGCAGAGACGCCUAGCCGAGCAACCGAUGGUAGUGUUCGACGAGCUGGUUGCUUUUGGUCUAGUCACCGUCGAGGACAUUUGCCAAUGCUUGGAGUCGCAGCUUCGUCUCGCUCAUGGAGGCGCCGAAACCAGAGUCACCGAGGAUGUGAAAUCGGCCAUGAAGACAUCUCGGGCGGGCUCGAAAGUGGUGGACUGGUUUUCGGCGUCGUCCGUGCAAGAUAAGAAGGUGCUUCUCCGGACCGGAAACUGUACCUCACCGUUGACCAAAUUCAUGGUUGUUGAGGGGCUUCAUGGGACCAUCAUGGAAUGGCUGAGAAUGCUCCUGGUGCAGGACUUGGGCGGCGGCCAUGGCUCCAUCAAGCCAGAGGCCGCGCACCAGGCUUUUAAUUUCCUUCUCCUACACUGGAUGAAAGCAGAGAGACUGUAUGGACACGGAUUGAGCUCGGCCCUAAGAUACUACGUGCAAGUGUGCCAGAUGCACUCUUCUGUUUCCGAUCCCAUCACGAGAAAAACCCUGAUCAGCAGUGGCGCUCACCUGGGCCAAAUCGCUGAGCAGCAGGCGGCCUCGGCAGAAAAAAUCCCUGCAUUCAUCUACGACGAAUUUCAGGAUGCCAUUUCCACCCUGACGCCUGGUUCCCUGUUAUCGGCGCGAAUGGCACUCGGUCAUCCUACACAACCAGAUCCGCAGCCGUUCAUCCGCUAUGUGCAAAGUCUGGAUUACAACAAAACCCCGUUCUGGAGAAAUUCUCGGCGUGUAGCGUUUCUGGAUACCGGCUUCAAGGCCGUUCAAGUCUUGAUUGAUCGAGAGAAGAUUAAAGAUGCGACAUUCGUGGCACAAAACCUUCAAUCAUUCCUCCCGGACAAGAUGAUUUCAGAACCCUCCGAUGGUCCCCAAUACCACACUUCGCCUGAGCAGACAUCUCUUCUAAACCGCCUGGGCAUGAGUUUGACAUGA